CGAAGAGAGGAGCAGCGAUGGGUUUAACAGCAGCAGCCGGUGGAUUUGUCGUCUUCCUUCUCUCUGUGCCAGUGGGGCAGGGUCAGAAUGGAUGGGGAGUGACUUACUCCUCUGAGGACAUCUGUGCCUCCAGAGGAUCAACAGUGAACAUAAGCUGCACCUUCAAACACCGAUCCUCUGUAACCAUAAUAAAAACAUGCUGGCACACUAAAGAACAUUUUGAUGUGAUAUGCAACUCAGACUACUAUCGUGAGGCGUAUAUCUGUAACGACAAAAACUGCACUCUGAGAAUCGUAGACCUGAAGGACAGCGACGCAACGACGUACAAGUUCAGGCUCAUUGGAGAACAGACGAUGGACAGAUGGACUGGUGAACCUGGAGUGACACUGACUGUCACAGCUCUGCAGAUGCAUGUGACCAGAGUGAAGGUCAACAUCUCUCACACCGAGGCAGAGCUGAGUUGUAACAGCACAUGCAGUCCUCCUUCCUACGUCUGGUUCAAGAACGGACUGAAAGUUCCAGAGGAAGCUGCUUUUUACACGGGCCAUUUGGAACCUGGAGACGGCAUCUCCUGUGCUCUGAAAGGACACGAGGAUCACCGCGUACCUUCGCUGUAUGCUCCAAAGUUUCCCUCUGUGUCAGUGAGUCCCUCUGCUGAGAUAGUGGAGGGCAGUUCAGUGACUCUGACCUGUAGCAGUGAUGCUAACCCAGCAGCUAAAUACACCUGGUACAAGGAAAACCAAACACUGCUUCAGGGUCCAGUUGGUGUUUAUCGUUUCACCUCCAUCAGCUCUGAGGACAGAGGGAUCUACUACUGCAAGUCUGAGAAUAAACAUGGAUGGAUCAACUCUUCAGAUCAAUUCAUAGAUGUCCAGUAUGCUCCAAAGCUUCCCUCUGUGUCAGUGAGUCCCUCUGCUGAGAUAGUGGAGGGCAGUUCAGUGACUCUGACCUGUAGCAGUGAUGCUAACCCAGCAGCUAAAUACGCCUGGUACAAGAAGGAUGAAGACUCACCAAAAGCAUCAGGACAGAUCUUCAUCAUCACUGACUUCAGAGCUGAACACAGUGGGAGUUAUUACUGUGAAGCCCAGAACAACAGGGGACGUCAUAGAUCCACCUUACACCUGGCUGUUUUAUCCGAAGGAUGGAUAUUAAUAGCUGCUGGAACAGUCUCUGCUUUUAUAAUUCUUUUCAUCCUCGUCUCUGUCUCACUGUGGAUCAGGAACACGAGGGCCCCCAAGGAACCACCUGAGCCUGUAAAGAAGCCAGACGACAGCACACAGAAACAACCAGCAGAGAAGAAGGAUGGCCUUCACUAUGCCAGCAUCAACUUCUCUAAGAAACGAGCAGAUCCUCUCCACUCCAAUAUCACACCAUCUCUGGCCCCGAGACACAAAAAGGAAGAGAACGUGGACACCGUUGAGUACGCUACUGUCAAAUUUAACAGUGGCAAUACACUCCCAGGAAACAGCCAGGAAACUGGAGAGGAUCCAGAUGCAUUGUACAGCACAGUCAACAAAACCUCUAAUAAACAUGAAGACCAGAAUCUCUAAUCUCCUCUUCAUACACGGUCUUUUUUUUUUUAAACUCUCAUUUGGGCUUCCUCCUCCUCUUUCCGAGCGUCCUCGCUGACUCUCUGACAGCAGCUAUUUCUGCAAUGCGACCGUGAAGGCACAAUCAAAGCCAGCGGUGUCACCAUCGGGAACUGAAGCCGGGGUCUGCAGAUCAACAUUC